UUGUUUCACAUACAAGUUUAAAAUUUCAAUUAAUGCACAGAAAUUCACAUGCAUUCAGCAGGAGAACAGGAGAAGCACAAUUGACUUAAAGAUUGCAUCUGAUUCAGGGGUUGAAAUGAGUGGCAAGAAAGAGCUUGAUAUUCUCAGAAAGAUUCUAAAUGAACAAUUAAACCCUGAGGAACUUGACAAAGCAGCUGAGGUGUUGAAAAGAUGGAGCAAACUGAACGGUGUUACCACAGACAAGAAAGAAGGCAGCUUCCCCAAGAAAUGGCUCUGUGAGUAUCUUCAAGAAAUAGAUCAGUUUGUAGAAAACAACUUUCCCACGCUGCCAGGAUCUCAGUCAGAGAAGUUACAGGACUUUCUAAAAAGUACACAGAGCAAGAUAUGCUUUGAGGUGAUUCGAUUAACACCGGUACUGGAAGAUGCUGGGCUGCUAGUUCAUCUGACUGACAGUUACAGCCGUCACCUCUUUACCAAGUUGGACCUGCUGCUAAACAGAAAUCUGUCUGUGAAGGAGACCUUCUGCUUAAUAAUGUGGGGAAAAGAUGUUUUCUUCAGCUCAAAACUGACAGUGUACGACCCGCUGCGCUUGACAGGAUGGUUUGAGAAAGCAAAGCAGAAACUACUUCCACAACUUCAGAAGGACAUCUCUAUGACUUUAAAUAACAUCCUGCACUAUGAUGAGCAACAUGGACAUAAUGAGGACUCAAUGAAUGAAGAAACAUUCAUAAGAGUUCACAUGGAUGUCAUUCAGGUAGCUCUUAGAGAGAGAAAGUAAAGCAAAACUUUUUUUUGUUUUCUCAUGUAAAAAGAUAUCAAAGGGGAUUUAUAUGAUAUAUUUCUCACUUAUGUCAUGUUUUGUCUUCACAGUGCCUGAAUCAUGCUAUUGUAGAUGCUAAAAAGUUUGGUCUGACCUUGAUGCAUGCGGUACAAAUACUCUGUAGUGAAGAGCUGCGUGGUUUUGCUCAGAAGUAUGUGGAUACUGAGAAUAAACGUCUAAAAAAACUAAAGUUCACUGAGAAGAACUCUGUGUAUCUGUUUCGGAUCAUCAACACUUGUAUGCAGCUCAGAUGUUGUGCUACACAAAUCAGUCCAGAUAAAAACAACAGCGAUGACGUCAAAAGCACCAUAAGCAUGCUACAGAAACUGGAAGAUAAUGCUUUAUCCAUUGUACAAAAGAUCAUGAAAAGCUUAGCACAGGACAAUUUAGGAAGUUAUUUUAAGAAAAAGGAUGUGGAUAUUGAUAUCCUGAUGAAGGCAAUCCACGAGCAUUGUUCAUCUCUGCCCGAGACCGCCUUAGAGAUCAAAAAGAUCAUUGUGAAAAUAGCUUACGACUGUGUUUCCAAAGUGUACCUGGAAUGCCUGUUGAAGACAAAGUUCAGAAAGCUAGAGAAGCUCUGGGGAAAUGCUGAGGAAAAGAUAAAAGAGGAUGUUCAACGUUUUAACAAAACAUUCUCUGAACUGAAUGGCAGUGUUGCCCAGCAAAACCAGCUCCUUCAGAGAAUGAUUGAAGUUUUGCUUCACAGUGAUGUAGAUGCACUGAAGAUUACCUGUGGUGUAUUGUUUAGAGAUUUCCCACAUGAGAGUGAGCAGUAUGUACCUGGUCUGCUGCGCUGGAAGGGGGUGUUAUCAGAGCGACAGGUGAGGGACGUACUGGAUGUGACCUGGGACCUGUAUCCAAAUCAUAGACCUGUCACUUGUUCUUUUGGCUUUUCUUCUUUUUCUGGUUAAUAGCAUGCUUCAAAAUAAAUGCCUCUGAACCUAUCAACAUCAUUGAAUGAAUCAUCAGUUUUGUAAAAUUCCCCUAAAGCCAACUUGCAGAUCUGAAACAUUAUUGCUGCUCAAGGAAGUCUGUAGAUGCUGAAGUAGAUGCUGAAAAUGAAGGUUAACAUUUUCAAGCAAAGACAUUUGGUAACAUUUUAUUUUCAUGGUCCCCCAACCACCUUUAAAGGGUUAGUUCACCCAAAAAUUAAAAUUAUCCCAUGAUUUACUCACCCUCAACCAUCCUAAGCAUGACUAUCUUCUUUCAGACGAACACAAUCUGAGAUAUAUUUAAAAAUAUCCUUAGUCCUCCAUUGUUUAGAAUGGUUUUUAAUGGGGGGCUGCAUUUUGAAGACAAAAAUAAUGCAUCCAACCAUAAAAAAAGUAAUCCAUAUUACUCCAGGGGGUUAAUAAAUGUCUUCUGAAGCGAAGCAAUGCAUUUUUGUAAGAAAAAUAUCCAUAUUUAAAACUUCAUAAAUUCAAAUAACUUCCGGUGGACGACUGUACACAGAAUGUGCAAGUUGAUUUGCACCCAUUUCGGCGGGCUCUGGCGACUUCAUUGCCAUAGGCUCGUGCAGCUCCGCUGCCUCGUCAUUGGUUCAUUUUAUUAGAACUGCAUGAACCAAUGGACGUGCAGUUUCAUUGCGUUAUGAAAGAGGCUUCAGUAAUAGGAGAAAAAAGAGUUUUCCCCACCACGUCUAGGGACGCAGUACGAGUGAAGUAUCGAAAGGGAACUGAAGGCUUAGUAAUAAACUGCACAUCAUUUUCCACACACCCUUUAAAAUUAUUUGUCUUCCUUAUUUCAUGUAGUAUUUUCCAUAUUUUCUUACUGUCACCACCUGCACACCUUAUAUUUUUUGAUUAGCCUAUAGUAUUUCCUUUUUGUGAUGUAAUUUCAUUUUGUAACCCUAUUUCUUAAAGCUGCAGUCCGCGAUUUUUCCUCUUUGUCGCCAUCUCUGUUUGAAACCUGCAAUUGCUGUCAUAUGCGGAAUAGUUAUCUGUACGUGUGUUGUGCAUCGGC